AUGGCUUAUUACACUAUCGCCCAUCUGCUGCAGGGAGGCGUCCUUGACGGCUCUGGUAACCAUCCUCUUGGCAUUGAUGCUGAGCAGAUGACUGAUGCUGUUUUCGAUUAUAUCUUUGAUCUUGCUUCUGAGCCCCCAGCUGAUUGUGCCAUUUCCCGGGAGAGUCUCGAUAAACUGAAGAGAGAGUUCAACUACUGGUACCCUAUGAGUCUGAGGUGCAGUGGUAAGGAUCUGAUCCCGAAUCACUUGACUAUGUGCCUGUACAGUCAUGCAGCUAUCUGGGAAGACCGACCGGACCUUUGGCCUCAAGCCUUCUUCACCAAUGGUCAUGUGAUGGUGGAUGAUGAGAAGAUGUCGAAGUCUCGCGGUAACUUCCUCACGCUGGACCAGGCUUGCGGGGAGUUCUCGGCCGACGCGACUCGUCUGGCUUUGGCUGAUGCUGGUGAUGGUCUUGAGAAUGCUAACUUCAAGAGGAAGACGGCUAAUGACAGUAUUUUGUCUCUUACUACCUUCGAUAAUUGGGCCACUGAG